AUGCAACUAUCGAUAUUUCUUCUCGGGUUUGUCAUUGCGCUCGUGUCUUUACUGUUUCUACGUCGACGCAAAUCACCCGAUAUUCCAUCUGGAACAGAGGAACCAGCUGGUCCGCCGGGAAACCCACUAUUAGGCAACUUGCUCGACGUACCUCCUUACCACAGCUGGCUAAAAUUCUUCGACUGGAGCAAGAAGUAUGGCCCUCUGUAUCGUCUCAACCUGGCCGGGCAAGAUCAUGUCAUCGUCUCCACGGAGAGUAUCGCCAACGAUCUGCUCCGUGAACGCGGAAAUAUCUACAGCUCUCGUGUGCAUCUGCCCAUGGCAUCGGAGCUGUUGAGCCGUCACUUGCGGCCACUUUUGAUCCCUUACGGCGAGACGCUUCGUCAAAACAGAAAAUUGAUGGCAACCUUGACCAAUGUCACUGUCGCUGCUUCGUAUCAAUCACUCCAAGAACAAGAAAGCGUGCGCGUCGUGCGCGACCUUCUCCAGGAACCAAGAAAGUACGAGACAUGGCUAGAACGGUACUCCGCGGGCCUAAUCCUCCGCUUGGCCUAUUCGAAACCGGUGUUCACUGGCGAAGAGUCGUUUGUGCGCAGAAUCCUCGCUGUGGUGCAUACCGUAGAGCGUGUAGCUAGUCCAGGCGCCUAUCUGGUAGACACCUUUCCCAUACUGAUGAAGGUCCCAUCAUUUCUGGCACCUUUCAAGCGGGAAGGCAAUAGACUCCACAAUGAAGAGAUAUCAUUGUUUCGGGACCUGCUCAAAGAAGGCAUCGAUAGCGGUGGCGACAAUUUCUGCACGAAAUGGCACAACAAUCGAAAGGCGUAUGAUCUGUCGGAAGAUCAUGUCGCCUAUGUGAUUGGCACUUUGUUCGAGGCCGGCGCAGGCACGACAGCGGCUGCUGUGUGCUCGUUCCUGCUUGCGAUGACUCUUCACGGCAAAGAGUACAAAUUGUUACAAGACGACAUAGACGCUGUCGUUGGUCCGGAUCGCCUACCGAGCUUCGAGGACAUUCCCAAGAUACCAAGAGUGCGUGCAGUGGCGAAAGAGGUCCUUCGCUGGCGGCCAGUGACGGCCGGAGGCCUUCCGCACAUGCUCACUCAGGACGAUACAUAUCAAAUGCCUGAUGGUAAACGAGUCUUUCUUCGUGCUGGCACAGCUGUACAUCCGGUCCAGUGGUCUAUCCAUCGCGAAGAGAAACUUUACCCAGAUCCAGAGGCCUUUCGUCCUGAGCGUUGGCUGGAACCAGGUUGGCCAACCUUUCGAGAGCCACUAGACAAAUUCCCGAACUUGCAAAACUACUCUGCUUUCGGCUUUGGAAGGCGGAUAUGUCCUGGCAUGCAUAUCGCAGAGAGGUCAUUGUACAUCCUUAUCGCGCGCAUAGCAUGGUCAAGCUCAAUACAGCCAAGGACUGACGAGCGAGGAAAUCCUAUCUUGCCGCCGGAGUAUGACUAUGUGACGGGCUUCAACGUCCAACCAAAGCCUUUCGAUUUCGAUCUGCAGGCUCGACUUGGAAGACAGGCCAUUGUGGAAGACAGGUACAAAGCUGCAUGGGCAUCGCAGCCAUCGCAGCCAUAG